AUGCCAUUCGUCCCCGCUGCCGUACCCCGCUGCACUUUUUAUCUCCAAGUGCAUGCGGGCGCUUCUCGUUUCCGACAUCUUCCUUCCUUGUCCCGCUCUCUAUCAUAUAUCUACACCUCUACUCCAGCAAUCGGAGGCCUCUGUUCAUUGCGGUCAAUUGAGUCUUCAGUGAACUAUAGGUUUUCUCCUAUCGGCCCCGCUAUCUCACAGUCCCGAUCGUUUUCCGCGUCAGCAAUGGCUGCCGCCAAGAUUGAUGGCACUGCCAUCGCGAAGAGUAUUCGCCAGGGGUUGAAGGAUGAGAUUGAGCAGAUCCAAGCGACAAACCCCAGGUUUAAGCCAAACCUGGUUAUCUUCCAAGUGGGCAAUCGCUCCGAUUCCAGUACCUAUGUGCGCAUGAAGUUGAAGGCCGCCCAGGAGGCCAACAUUAUUUGCACCGUGAUCAACGUUCCCGAAACAAGCUCCGAGUUGGAGCUCAUCCAAGAGAUCAACAAAGCCAACAAUGACCCCGCCAUCCACGGUAUCCUCGUUCAGCUACCCCUUCCGAGUCACAUGUCUGAGCAUGCUAUCACCUCGACCGUUGCAGAUGCGAAAGAUGUCGACGGCUUCGGUGCUAUCAACAUUGGCGAGUUGGCCAAGAGAGGUGGUCGCCCGUUGUUCACCCCUUGCACUCCUUUGGCGGUCAUGGAACUGCUCAAGGCAAGCGGCGUGAACCCCGCAGGCAAGGAGGCAGUGGUUCUGGGACGCAGUGACAUCGUUGGCAGCCCCGUCAGCUAUUUGCUGAAGAACGCUGAUGCUACGGUUACUGUCUGCCACUCAAAGACACCUGACAUUGCUCGCAUCGUGAAGAACGCUGAUAUCGUUGUCGCGGCCAUUGGCCAGACCGAGCUUGUGAAGGGCGAUUGGUUGAAGCCCGGCGCGGUGGUCAUUGAUGUUGGUAUCAACUACAAGCCCGAUGCGACAAGGAAAUCCGGCGAGCGACUCGUCGGCGAUGUGGAGUUCGAGUCUGCUUCCCAGGUGGCCUCUCAGAUCACCCCCGUCCCCGGUGGUGUCGGUCCCAUGACAGUCGCUAUGUUGCUGAAGAACGUGGUGCACUCUGCCAAGAGCUACUUUGAGAAGCAAAAGGACCGUCAUGUCACCCCUCUACCCAUCCGACUGGAAACCCCUGUGCCUUCCGAUAUUGCUAUCUCGCGGGCCCAAUACCCCAAGCCCAUCACCCAGGUUGCAACCGAGGUUGGUAUCGCCCCCCACGAGUUGGAGCCCUACGGCCACACCAAGGCUAAGAUCAGCCUCGAUGUGCUCGAGCGCCUCUCCCACCGCCGUAACGGAAGAUACAUCUUGGUCUGCGGUAUCACCCCCACCCCUCUCGGCGAGGGCAAGUCCACCACUACAUUGGGUCUUACUCAGGCACUCGGUGCUCACCUGAACCGCAUUUCUUUUGCCAACGUCCGACAGCCCAGCCAGGGCCCUACAUUCGGCAUUAAGGGCGGUGCUGCUGGUGGAGGUUACAGUCAGGUCAUUCCCAUGGACGAGUUCAACCUUCACCUUACGGGUGACAUCCACGCCAUCACUGCUGCCAACAACCUUCUUGCUGCGGCUAUUGAGACACGCAUGUUCCACGAGGCCACCCAGAAGGAUGGACCUCUUUACAAGCGUCUUGUUCCCGCAAACAAGGGCAAGCGCGAAUUCAAGCCUAUCAUGUUCCGGCGCUUGAAGAAGCUGGGCAUUGACAAGACCAACCCAGAUGACCUCACAGAGGAGGAAAUCACCCGCUUCGCCCGUCUUGAUAUCGACCCGGAGACUAUCACUUGGCGCCGCGUGCUGGAUGUCAAUGACCGCCACCUGCGUGGCAUUACUGUUGGCACCGCCGCUACCGAAAAGGGUCUGUCUCGCGAGACCGGCUUCGACAUUUCCGUCGCUAGUGAGUGUAUGGCCAUUCUCGCCCUGAGCAACGACUUGGAGGACAUGCGUGAGCGUCUGGGUCGCAUGGUUGUUGCCACAUCUAGGAAUGGAGACCCCGUGACUUGCGACGACAUUGGCGCUGGUGGUGCUCUCGCCGCUUUGAUGAAGGAUGCCAUCAAGCCCAACUUGAUGCAGAGUCUGGAGGGCACUCCCGUCAUGGUACACGCGGGUCCCUUUGCCAACAUCAGUAUUGGCGCCAGCUCUGCCAUCGCCGAUAAGCUUGCCCUGAAGCUUGCCGGUACCGAGCCUGAUGAGGACCAUGAGGCCAAGACUGGUUUCGUGGUCACCGAGGCUGGCUUCGACUUCACCAUGGGCGGUGAGCGCUUCUUUAACAUCAAGUGUCGCUCCUCUGGUCUGUCCCCGGAUACCGUCGUCAUCGUUGCCACUGUCCGUGCACUGAAGGUUCAUGGAGGCGGCCCCGAGAUCAAGCCUGGUGCCCCUCUCCCCGAGGUGUACCGCACCGAGAAUGUGGAUGUACUCCGCGCGGGUUGCGUUAACCUUCGCAAGCACAUUGCCAACGCCAAGCAGUACGGCAUCCCGGUUGUCGUCGCGAUCAACAAGUUCGAGACUGAUACCGAGGCCGAGAUCGCUGUGAUCAGGGAGGAGGCGAUCGCCGCAGGAGCCGAGGAUGCCGUUCCUGCCAACCACUGGGCUGAGGGUGGAGCCGGCGCUAUCGAUUUGGCCAAGGCUGUUAUGGCGGCCAGCUCCAAGGAGAAGGACUUCAAGCUUCUCUACGGCCUGGAUGGUACUAUCCAGGAACGCAUUGAGCGUAUUGGCCAGGCCAUGUACGGUGCCGAAAAGGUCGAGUUCAGUGAAUUGGCUCAGAAGAAGGUCGACACCUACACCAAACAAGGGUUCGCUAAUCUGCCGAUUUGUAUCGCCAAGACUCAGUACUCGCUCAGUCACGACCCGGCUCUGAAGGGUGCCCCCACCGGCUUCACUGUGCCGAUUCGGGAUGUUCGGUUGGCGGUUGGUGCUGGAUACCUCUAUGCACUUGCUGCCGAUAUUCAGACCAUUCCCGGCCUCCCCACUGCGCCUGGCUACCUUAACGUGGACAUUGACACCGAGACUGGCGAUAUUGACGGAUUGUUCUAG